UGGAUUUAUUACUUUGUAUAUUAUAAACUAGAUAAAAUGGCUAUUACCUUACCAAGUGGUACCAGAUCUGAAACCUUCAAGGUUGUCAACAAAUACACCGAACCAACCCGUCGUCCAAUUGAACCAGUUGGUCCAUACUUCCUUGCUCAUGCUUCAAGAACUUUGAGAGGCCACACUUGGUCUGAAUUCGAAAAGUUGGAAGCUGAAAAGAAUGUCACUGUUGUUGAAGAAAACGAAGAUGAAGACAUUGGUGAUGAAGAUCAAGAUGAAGAAUUAUUGCAACACGACCCUAGAGAAUGGAAGAACGCCGACUUGUACGCUGUUUUGGGUUUGUCCAAGUUGAGAUACAGAGCUACUGAAGAUCAAAUUAGAAGAGCUCACAGAAAGCAAGUCUUGAAGCAUCACCCAGAUAAGAAAUCUGCUCGUGGUGGUUUGGAACAAGAUGGUUUCUUCAAGAUUAUCCAAAAGGCCUUUGAUGUCAUGUUGGAUGCUACCAAGAGACAACAAUUUGACUCUGUUGACACUAAUGCUGACGUUCCACCACCAGCUGCUAAGUCCACUUACGAUUUCUUUGAAGCCUGGGGACCAGUCUUUGACAGUGAAGCUAGAUUCUCCAAGAAGCAACCAGUUCCAGCUUUGGGUAAUCUUGAAGCUUCUAAGGAAGAAGUUGACAACUUUUACAACUUCUGGGGUAAGUUUGAUUCUUGGAAGACUUUCGAAUUCAAGGAUGAAGAUGUUCCAGAUGACACUGCUAACAGAGACCACAAGCGUUACAUUGAACGUAAGAAUGUAGCUGCUAGAAAGAAGUACAAGCAAGAAGAUAACAAGAGAGUUAUUGACUUGGUUGAAAGAGCUUACUCUGAAGAUCCAAGAAUUAAGUUGUUCAAGGACAACGCCAAGAAGGAAAAGGAAAGAAAGAAGUGGGAACGUGAAGCUGGUUCCAGAAAGGCUGCUGAAGAAGAAGCUGCUAAGAAGGCCGCUGAAGAAGAAGCUGCUAAGAAGGCUGCUGAAGAAGCUGCUUCUUCCAAGCAAAACUCCAAGAAGGCUAAGGAAGCUGCUAAGGCUGCCAAGAAGAAGAACAAGAGAUCUAUCAGAGGUUCUGUUAAGGAAGUCGAAUUCUUUGGUGAUGCUGACAAGAGUGCUGCCAUUGAAGAAGAUGUUGAUUACUUGAUUGAAAAGUUCUCUGACGUUCAAUUGACUUCUGUCGCUGCCAAGGUUACUGGUGCCGAUGCUGCCACUGUUAAGCAAGCUUUCAUUGAUGUUGCCGCUGAAUUGGGUGUUUCCGACUUGAAGUACUUUGCUUAAGUCAAGUGUUUAGAAAUAGACUAUUUAACUCCGAUAAUUAUACCGUAGCGUUCA